AUGUUUGCGCGCAGCGGCCCAUCAUCUUUCCGGAAGGAGAGAGGAGGCCGCUCCGGCCACUUGAUUUUCCACCACCGCUCACCCACCCCGCCAGCCGCCUUGCCGUCAGGGGCCUCGCGCAGCGCCCCGCCGGGGCCCGCCGCGCCAUCGCUGCCAGGCGCUCUUUCCUCGCCCGGCGCACCCCGCCGGCCACUCCUCCCACGCGCAGACCGACUCAGGCCGACGUCCCUGGCGCGGAUCCGCUCCCCUCUCCCACAUGCCGCCUCUCCCCCGCUCUUCUUCCGCUUUGCAGCCCGCCGCCGAUCUCCGCGCCGCCUUGCGCGCCCGCAGCAAACUUUGUUACCCCAGCCGCCCCUCUUUGCGCUCUCCCUUCUCCGCAUGUCGCAUCACUAUGACAUGAUCCACACCCAGAAACCCCUCCUUACUCUCCAGCGCGGAGUUCGUGAAUCGUCUCCAGCUAAGCUGAAAUCAAGGGCGUUUAACUUAGCACUCGGAUGCUGAGAUCACAGGCAGCACAUCGAGAACUGCAGGAGAAGAAGAAAUCAUUUCCACCAGAAAUGUCCAUUCUGCUCAUGAACAGAUGCCAUCAGAAACAACCCUAAGUGCAAAGGACUAAGAAGAAAAAUGUAUUGCUGCAAUCGCCAAAUACUACUGGACAACACAAUUAUUCUAUGAAGCAUUCAGGCUGGAGGAAAACCUUGGUGGAAAGUAGAAAGCCCUCAAAUAUUAAAGAUGAUAAGACAAAAAGUUCUACCAAGAUGAAAUAGGUAUGUGCUCAAUAUGAGAAAAGCUUUAAAGAAAAGUCUGCCUUUGGGAAACACAAAAACAAGGCAGGACCAUAUAAAUGGA